UGUUCUAUGACAGGUGACAAUGUUGUUAAACUUCUUGCCACUCCACAACAAGGGUUUCCUUCCCUCCAUCUUCCAGUACAUUCUCCUCACCUUCCCUAAGACCCACCGUCAGUCUCAGCAGGUUCCUUCCCGCUCCCCCCGCCCCCCGCUGCCUGGUCACAAAGCCAGUGCCCAUGGUUUAGGGUUUGUAUCUGCAGCAUUGCAUUCCAGUACCAGGACCCGUCUGGUUACCUAGAGCCCAUGAUAGCCACCUCACACUCAGUGCUGAGGACACCACAGUCACCUCCUAUUGUUGCCUCUCGCCGUUCUCACUUUCCGUCUCCUGCGAUUGCAGUAGAUGGUGGCUGGGACAGAAGCCACCGGAAGGCUGACUCACCCCUUGGUGGUGCUCCAUACUGGCUGUUGACUGGUCCUUAAGCUGGAGCUGCUGGUGGGAACUGCUCUGCCUGUCCUCUCCUUGUGGCUGCAGGCACCUCCUCGCAGCGUGGUGGCUGAGCUCGGAGAACAAGCAUCCCAAGAUGAGAGAGAGAAACUGUGUCACCCAGCUGUAGGACCUGGCCUCAAAAAUCACAGUGUCACUUCUGCUGCCUCCUAGUGGUUAGAAGCGAGUCACUAAGCCAGCCCACGUUCAGGGAGAGGGGAUUAGAUUUCACCUCCUGAAGGGAGGAGUGUCAAAGUAUUUGCUGACAUCUUUGAAAUGCAUCACAGUGGGCCGCUUAUCACAGUGGGCCGCUUAUCAAGGUGGACAGGUGGAGAGAUGGUGCAUCUACCAAGGUGGAUAGGUGGGUAGGUGCCCCAUUUAUCAAGGUGGGGAAUACCAAGCAAGGGAUGGAUUUUGAGAUCUUGAGUCUGCCCCAGGCAUGGUGACUGGGAGAUGUUCAUUGGUGGCUGAAAUGGGACAUGGAGCAGAUGCUUAGGGAGAUGAGUGCCUGGAGCAGAGGGAGAAGUCAGGCUGGCGGUAUCAACUGGGGAGUCCUUGGCACAGAGGUGGUGUCUGAAGCUUCAGAAAUGGGGAGGGAUAAAGGAACAACCAGGGCCCAGCCUUUAUGACCACUGACCCUGUAGCCCCCAUCCUUGAGGAACUGACUUCGAUGGGUAGUCGGCCCCCAGGUGCCUCUCUGAUCUAAUGGUGAGCACAUGGUUCUGCGAGGGAAGUUGGCUGGGAGAGGUUUCCAGGGUCACCCAAAGGGACACGUGGGAAGAGAUGGAAGCUCUGGGGCAGUGGCAGCCGUCUUGCGACCAUGAGGUGGCCCACUCACAGAUGUGGUGGCUCCUUCACAGAGCUUCCAGAUUAACAGAUCCUGGGCAGUCCUGGUGUCAGGACUCUUAUGACAGUUGAGUCCGCAGGUUCUGUCACUUGAAGUCCAGAGUCCUCACUGACACCAGAGUGGAGUCAGCAAGGGAGCUUGAGGAAGGGUGUGUGAGGUGGGAGGAGAAGCAUGAGACCGUGUGUUGCCCCCCUAAUGGUACCUGCCAUUCAUGGAGGCCCCUGCCCAGCGGGGUUCUAACCUCGCACACAGUAACUGGUUGAGCCCUCCAAGCACCUGAGAGUUAGGUCACUAUUAUUAUGCCAGUUUAUAGAUUGGGAAACUGAGGCACGGCGGGGUGGUGGCGGUGGUGGUGAAGGAACCUAUCUCACAGCCAGGAAGUGACAGCUGGGGCAGAAGCCAGGCCGUCUGCUGCUCUGUCCUGUGAGCCACACAGUAACUUUUCAGAGGUCCAGAGAAGGCCUUCAGCAGAAGUCCUGGCCAGCUGCUUAGAUGAGGACGAAAUGGUCUUCCUGCUUAGAUGAGGACGAAAUGGUCUUCCUGGAAUUUGGCAAAGUGCAGGUCACCGACAAAGUUGGGCAGAAUGACCCGGAGGGAUGGUGUGGACGGAGCUGAGGAGUGGGGGUGUGGACACAGGAGUCAGCUCCUGAGAAGAAUGGCUGUGAUGAGGGUGGGGAGGGGGUGGUAAUGAUUUGGGGUGGAUUCUGGGAAGUACCGGAAAGCAGAUGAUAAGUUUCCCCAGAGCACAUAAGUGGGGCCUCCGAUGGGGCCCAGGAGAAAAGGCAAAGAAUUGGAGGCCCAGGGCAGUGGGGCUGCGGGUUUGGUGAUGAGCAGAGAUAGCUUCCCCCCCGCAACCCCGUUUCCUCCACGAGGUUGAGACCCGGGCUCCUAAGUAUGUGUGUGGAGGGGGCGGGGGAAUUUGGGCCGAAGUGCGGUGGGACCGCGGGGUUGCCGAGGGUAUUGGGCCCCAUUUGAGGUUGGAGCUCAGGAGUUUGGGGGCCAGGAGACUGUGCAGUUUGGGGGGGGGUGUUCUCCAGACUUGCUCCUCCGCCUGGUAGGUCCCCGAAGGGGACAAGGAACCAGCCCUGGUCGCGGUGGCUACAGGACCAGGGCACGAGUUGGGCCACGAGGCGGCCCCGCGCCCAGGGUCUGCCGUGGUCCGGGCGUCCUCGGGCCCUUGCCCACGCCGCAGGGUUGGACAGGGAGCUGGCGGGCACUGGAGGCGGCCCUGCGCGCCUCUGCCAGCUCUGCGAGUCGGGGGCAUGGACUCGCGGCGCAGGGCUUCUUGCGACCGCUCCCGCCCACCUCCGCCGCCGCCGGGGAUUAGCACGCUCCUGGCCGCGCGGCGGGAUUAACCCGCGUGGACGCGGCGCCCGGCUCGGGGAUUACGGCGCGCCCCCUCGACGGAUAUAUUCCCGCGGCGACGGCGACGGCGGGCGAGAGGAAUGGCGGCGGCGCGGGGCGCGGCGGGCCGCAGGGGUCCCGGGCGGCCCUGCCCCUUCUCCAUCGAGCACAUCCUCUCCGGCCUACCCGAGAGCAGCCCCCCGGCCCGGGUCGCCCGCCCGCCGCCGCCCGCCGGCCGCCAGAGCCCCGCGGAGCCGCGGCAGCCUGAGGCGCCCGAGGCCGUGCCCUGCGCCUGCUGCUGCUGCUGCGGCCCUCGCGCGGCGCCCCGCGGGUCCCCGGAGCCGGCCGCCGGCCUGGGCGCGCGACUACCGUGGCCGCUGAGGCUGGGGCCCGCGGCGCCCUUGCCCUUGGCCGCACCCACCGGGGGCUCCGGGGCGCCGCCCGCCGCGGGCGGCCCUGGUUCACAGCGGCGCACGCGGCGCCACCGCACCAUCUUCAGCGAGGAGCAGCUGCAGGCGCUGGAAGCGCUCUUCGUGCAAAACCAGUACCCCGACGUGGGCACUCGCGAGCGCCUGGCCGGCCGCAUUCGCUUGCGCGAAGAGCGCGUGGAGGUCUGGUUCAAGAACCGCCGGGCCAAGUGGCGACACCAGAAGCGCACAUCGGCGUCCGCGAGGCUCCUGCCGGGAGCCAAGAAGCCCCCGAAGGAGAGCUGCUGACGGCUGCAGAGUUACUCCUGGGCUCGGUGGCACCUUAUGGGGCCGGCUCAGGGAGAGGACAGACCUACCCUAAUAGGAGUUGGGAGAGGACGCCAGCCUCUAACCUGGUGUCUGCCCAGUUGCCUGCGUCCUGGAGCUCAACGCGGGAGCCCCUCUGCGUGUGUCCCCGCGCCACCCGCCCCGCGGAAGGAGAGCGCACCGAUGCUCCGUGCUCCAUGCGCCUUCCCUCCCAAGCGCAAGCGGGCAGGAGGGCCGGGGAGACUCGGGGGUGGGGUGCGGGGCACAGAGCAAAUCAACUUCCUCAAUCCCCCACCACACCCCAGGAGGCACCAAGCCACCCCAGGACAGGAGCCACCCCUUGUCAACAGUGGCACCCAGCGUCCUCAUCCCCGCCCACUUCCUGCUGGCCUCAGUCAUCUCCUCAGCAGGGACGCAGCCCCCUUGACUGGCCUAGAACCCUCCAGAGGCUGGGCGGGUGGGGUCUCUGCGUCCUGGGGCUGGUGCCAGGGGCUUGGGCGUCCUGACCCGCAGAAUAAGAAGGCUGGGUGAGGUAAUCUCCAAGCCCCGUUCCUGCUGCUCAAUCUUGUGAGUCUUGUGUGGAUACUGAGAAAUAAACAAGCUACUACAAGCUCU